CUCGGAGCAACAUGGCGGCUUCCAUUAAAGCAGAUAUUGCUGGAGUUAAAUCAACUGUAAAGCGAGAAAUAGGAAAAAAGGCCAAAUUAAUCACAAAGAAAGAAGAGAAUGAUAUCGGUAAUAAGUUAAAAAUGAUAAGUUGAAAACAGCUCACAAAUCUAAUUAUUAUUCAAUAAUAUAUAGACUAAAACAUUUUUCACUUCAAGUCCACUCCAAGUUACUUAGCCAAGUUGUUGUCUUUUUACUAAAAUUUUUAUCUUUUUGUUAUAAAAUUAUUAUUGUGGCCGGUGAUGGCGAUGGGUAGACGCGCCCAGUUACCAAUGCAUAUUACGCGAUGGUAGCUGUGUACAUUGUGUAAAACAAAAAAAAGUAGCGCUAACACUUGUAACACACAUACUAAAAUGGGGAGGGGAAAGAGAGAAUGUGCUGGUUUUAGUUUUAGCUAAUUACCUCCAGUUCCUAAUACUAUCACUGAGUAGCCCUUGCAACCAGUGAAGUAUCCUCUUCAAAGCUGUACAUUAUACAUUGAUCAUGGGCCCUCAAAAUAUAGAAGAAUAAGAAAUGAAAUAGGAAGAAAAACGUUAGAAUUUUAUUAAAUAAUUUCAGUGGGUACAUUAAUUUCAUGGUGAACGUAGUAACUUUAUUGAUUCGAUCUAGAUAUGCAGCAAGAAGAGUCAUCGACCUGCGGUCGCUUCCUUUCCUGCCGUAAUUUCAGCCGGUACAUGCUCCCUUCCCUUAAUUAAACCAUGUGUGCUACAGUUACACACUGUGGUAAGAAAAGUGUAAAAAUGAAGAAAAAUAAUACAAAAUUGUUUUAAAUUAAUGAAACCCCAACUUACAAUUUCAUAGAAUACACUUUUACACACUUUAUUUCAGGUACUGCCAUAAAGAAAAUUCAAAAGUUGUCAGAAAAUCAAUACAAAAUAAUAUACGCAUCUUCCAAAGUACUGGAACAUUUAAAUAUCAUGCACCACAUUAAAUUAUAAUUUUAAAAAUUCCAUUGUCAUAUUAAGGAAGUAAACUCUAAUCCAAGAAUAAGCAAAAGGGAGAGAUUUUUACACAGAAACUCAAUGUAACGCAGAUUGCGUAAUUUGACCUUAGUGGUUGCAGUUUUUGAGCAAUGAAUUUUAAAAAAAAACUAUAUGAAAAUAUGAGUUUGUUUGUCCUUUUUUUAUGGUAUAUUACAUUUUACAAUGAUAACUAUGAAUGUACCAGUAGUAUGGAAUGCUCCACCUCAUGUUGUGACAAAAUUCUGUUUCUUUAAUACUUGUUAAUUUAUUCUUUCGUUGUACAAAAAUGUGCACUUUAUUCAGCAAAAUAAUCUUAAUAAUGGGAUCAUCAUUGCAAUAAAAAAGUGCAUAGGUCAUGUUUUACAAAUUAUUAUUACAUGUCAAUGGAUGAUUAUGAUUUUACUAUUUUUACUGCUAAUCAACAAAACUAAGUCCCGGGUGCAAAAUUGAGCAUAGCAACUUCAUUGUUGGCUAACACUCAGAUAUUGAAUAUGCGAGAACACCAAAGAUGAAAAGAGAGGAAAACAAUGUGCUGUCUGAGCAUCUUGUAAGCCCUACCCAAGUCAUUAAUUGAUUAAAAUUUUCCAAUAAAAAAUAAAAUCAAACUUAACUUACAAUUUAAAACCAACUCAUCAAUAGCAUUUAAUUUUUAAUGAAUUAAAAUUAUGCAUGUAACGUUACAUUCAACCAAGGUUUUGUUUUCAGUUCCAAAGAAAGAAGCAAAGAUUGACAGAAGUAGAUCAUGUCCUUACUUGGAUACAAUUAACCGGUGAGUUUUCAAGCCCUAGCCUAUCUAAUGAACAUUUGAUUUUAAAAAUGCCAUUUAAUGUGAUUUUGGAAUAGUCGUGUUGGGGGCUGUGUGCUUAGAAGAAUACUUUAAUUGCAGUAUUUCAUUUUUUAAUGUUUUCUUAAUUCUUUUCAUUGAAGGGUAAAAUAGAAAAGUUUUUAAGAUUCUUUUAAACAGUUUUGUGUCAUUGAACUGUCUCGUAAUUAUAUUUACUUGUCUUUUUAAUCUUCUAGCUCUGUUCUGGACUUUGACUUUGAAAAACUGUGUUCCAUAUCCUUGUCUCACAUAAAUGUUUACGCAUGCAUGGUCUGUGGCAAGUAUUUCCAAGGUAAGAAGCUUUUGAACAAGUCUGUGACAGAGAUUUGAUAACAAAAUAAACCCCUUAAAGUUUAAAAGAAAGCGCCUUAACUUAUUUGGAUACAAUUGAUAUAUACAAGCUCAUUUUAUAUGCUGUUGCUUAGCUUAUUUAGCUGUCAUAAUUUGAGAGAUCUUACCUCAAGCUUCAUAUCAAAUACCUGAUAGCUAGAGAGCUUUUUUUCCAACACAUAUACUUUUUGUCACAGGCAGGGGAAACAACACUCACGCUUACACCCACAGUGUGUUUGAGGGUCAUCACGUGUUCCUCAACCUACAGACCCAGAAGUUUUACUGCCUGCCAGACAACUAUCAGAUCAUUGACUCGUCUCUGGAUGAUAUCAUUGUAAGUGAGCUCAUAAUGUUCACAUGUCCGUCCGUCAAAUUGAAUGCAAAGUUGCUUUUUAUUUUUUUCUGAAGCACCAAUCUUCAUUUGACUUGUAAUACCGUUAUAAAUUUUAAUUAUUUCUUUUUUUUUAUCAGUAUGUGUUGAACCCCACAUUCAGUGACACAAUGAUUCGGAAGCUGGACAAAAAUCCUAAACUUUCUAGAGCUUAUGAUGGGACCACAUAUCUCCCUGGUUGGUAUUCAUUUGAUAUCAUAUUAAACACAACAUAUUCCUUAGUUUACUUGUAAAUCAUUGGCAUUUGAAAAUGAUAUCCUUUUGUGCUAAAAUUGUAUGACAUUUUUGACCAGCAAUUAAGCAGAUAAAUGCUAUAUAUUAGCAUACAGUGUCUAAAAUUUCUAUAAUUUUAAAUUUAUAAACAAUUUUACCAAUGAAAAUAAACUUCUUAACUGAAGUGGUGUGGUUUCUUUAAAAAAAAUUAUUUAGAGUCGAAAUUGAUGCUAAUACUUUAAAUUAAUACGUAAAUUAAAAGCUAUUUCUGGCAUUCAUUUCAUCAUGAGGGUCAAAAUAUCCUUUUAGUAUAAUUUAUUUAGAGAAGUAAGGGUCUAAAUAUGUUAUGAAGUUAUUAUAUUCUCUAGGUAUUGUGGGUCUGAACAACAUUAAAUCCAAUGACUAUUGCAAUGUUGUGCUACAGGUAAGAUUCAAUAUUCAUGAAAAUAAAAUUAAAUAUUUUGUUUAAUCUUGUGGUAAUGCCAUUUACAAACAAUUAGAGUAUAAUUUGUUGCUUGGACCAUAAUAAUAUGAACAAAUUGCUAAGUUAAUUUUGGCUUAGGUAAAUUUGUUUUCGCAUGAAUUAUUUUUUUUUAGUAUUGAAUAAUUGACUCAAACUAAUUAAUGAUUCCCAUUGCAUUCAUUUCAACAGUCACUAUCUCACGUGGGACCUCUGAGGAAUUAUUUUCUCAAGGAAGAAAACUAUAAGAUGAUCAAGCGACCUCCUGGGGAUAUAGCCUUUUUGUUGGUGCAAAGGUUUGGGGAAUUAAUCCGCAAACUUUGGAAUCCUUGCAACUUCAAGGCCCACGUCAGCCCUCAUGAAAUGUUACAGGCAGUUGUUCUCUGCUCUAAAAAAAAGUUCCAGAUAACUGAGCAAGGUGAUCUUUUGUUUUUAUUAAAUGUGAAAAAAUUAAUUAAUUUUUAUUUCUCACUUUAAAUAAUUAUAGGAAAUAUAACUUUCAUUUAAUAUUUUUUGCAUUUCUUCAUAAUGUCUAUUUUAUACAAAUUGCAUUAUUUUUCUAUAUAUAAAACCAAAAACCUCUGAUACAAUACAAGAAUUUUAGAAUCCUACUUUAAUACAGUGUUUGCCAUCAUAAAAAUGUGUGCAUCACACACUAAAGGCAUUUUUAAAUAAAAUAUUUUAUAGUCCUACUGUUAUAUUAAUUAUGCAUUCAGCCCAAUGAAUUUUUUUUUAAUGAAUUACUCCAAGGUAAUUUAUUUGAUUAUUUUUUUUAUUUACAUAUCCAGGUGACCCAAUAGAUUUCCUUUCCUGGUUUCUUAAUGCCAUGCACUCUGCAUUAAAUGGAACCAAAAAAAUCAACAGCAGCAUCAUUAGCAAAACUUUUAGAGGCAAAAUGUUGGUCUAUUCACGGAAGAUGCCAAAUUUGGACUUGGUAUAUUCAUUUUAUAUUAUAAUUUUAUUUUUGCAACUCAUUAGUAGUAUUACUGAUUAAAUUUAACCAAUGUCCUCUUUCAACACAUGAGCUCCAGAUACUUAAAACUUAGUUGCUAAAGAUUGGAAUAUCUCACACCUAGUAAAAGAGCUCUAGAUCUUCAUGUGGGCGAGUUCCGUUGUGAUGGGUCAGGUUAAAAUAUCAAAUCCUGCACUUCCUAUAGUCCACUUAAUUACAUCAAACCUUGCCUUCGCUUAUAUGCACAACUUUGAUGAGCAGUCAUAAUAUAUGUCAUUCACUGUUGAUUUUCUGAGAAAUUUCUCUUCUGAUUAAUUAAUUUUCCUUUUUUUUUCUUAGAGUGAGUCAGAAAAGGCAAAACUUUUGCUUGAAGAGGAAUACCAAGGUUAGUUAUUGGAAGGAGAUGGUGAGAUUUAUAUAGAAACAUGAAGACUGGUAAUGUUCUGUUAUUUAUUCAAUGUGGACUACCAAUUUUAUAAUUUUUUUGUAUCCUGCUCCGAGGAAUUCAUAUAUUAUUUUGUCAUGAACAAAAAUAACUGGAUGACAAAGCGUCCAUUUUGUUUUUUUUCCCCUUAGAGCAAAUUUAUGACAUGCCCUGGCUUUAUCUGACCUGUGACCUCCCGCCACCACCACUGUAUCCUGAUGAGUCCAGAGAAAACAUCAUUCCCCAGGUCAGUACUUUUCCUUGCAUGCAAUGUGGUAAAAAAGAAUAGCAUUCAUGUAAAAUUGUAUAAAAAUUGACUUUUGUAUUAAAUAUUUUGACCGAUUUGAGAUCUCAAGUGCUACCGUGCCAUCGACAAUGUAGUUUCACCAAAUAUAUUAUAUACAUUCUAUUAAUAUAUUUUUUUAACAACAUUUUUAGAAUAUAAUCAUUUAUAUAUUGGCAAAGCAAUUUCUCCACAACUGUAGGGCUGAAAUAUAGGAAACAUGUCCCAACAAUUGUAUCCCUCAGGUGCCAUUUGCCAACCUGUUGAGCAAAUUUAAUGGUGUGACUGAGAAAGAAUAUAAAACCCACAAGGACAGUACCAUGAAAAGGUUUCAACUGACAAGGCUUCCACAGUUCAUCAUCAUUUACUUUAAGGUAAAUCAGAAAUACAACACAUUUUUACAACUCGCAAAUGCAACCAUUUUUCAUUGACCUAUCACUAACUUAACUAUUACAAUUUUAACUUUUAUUCACUCACCAAUUACUCAACAUAUUAUUCUAUUACUCACCAACAAUACAAUGGUUUGAUAAAUCUGUUUGAUGGGAAGAUUUAAGUUUUAUGCAUUGAAUCUUUUUGGUCAAAAGAAUACUAAAAUAAUGCACAAUAUUAUUCCUCCUCAUAAAUUAAGCAAAAAAUAUAUUUUUUUUUGGAGCUCAAGUUUUUUCUGAUAUGUUUUUAUAUUUAUUAACUUUUCCCUUUCUGCAGAGAUUCAACAAGAAUUACUUUGUCCUUGAGAAAAACCCAACUAUUGUAAAUUUUCCCAUCAAGUAAGUCAUUAGAUGUUGAUGUGAUCAACCUAUUUAUGUGUUUGAUUUUUUUAUUAUUGUUUAUCUUUCUUCUUGUUUGAAUAUGACUGAAUUUUAGGACAUUAAUAAAUAUGUAUAUGUAAAGAUAUAUGUGGCUAUGAAUAUAUUCACAAAUGAAAAUGUGAUUUAUUACGGGGAAAAAACUCCAGUCCCAUUUUAUGCUGUGCAAUAUUCUUUAAAAAAUGUUCACAGAAACAUAGAUUUCGGGGACCUUUUGUCUGCUGAAACCAGAGCCCAACACAAACACACGACUUACGAUCUGGCAGCCAACAUCAUUCAUGACGGAGAGCCAGGCAAGGGAAAAGGGAGCUACAGGUGUCAUGUACUUCAUAAGGUAAACACGUUGAUUUCUUGUCAUUGUUUUAUCAAGGUAGCAUUAAACUUAAUGGGAGAAGCUAUGACUUUUGUUUUUAAUGUCUUUUCAAAAUAAAAUAUUGUUAUAAAUUUGUAUUCACAAAGGGUCAAAACAAAUGGUACGAGAUGCAAGACCUCCAUGUUGCAGACAUUUUACCUCAAAUGAUUACGUUAUCAGAGAGCUAUAUACAGGUAAAUUUAAUCUUAAAUGUGUCCUCUAAAGCGUUGUUUAUUACUUUGGUCCAAGUUAAAUUGAUGGAACAAAUUUAUAAAACUAUAUAAUCAUUCACCAGGUUAUGAAUGUAAAAAAAAACUAUGUCUUAGUUCCUAUGCACCUUUGAAUAAAUAUGCACUUGAAACCUAAUGCUAUAUCAGGGUUUUGUCAUAGUUCCUAUGCACCUUUGAAUAAAUAUGCACUUGAAACCUAAUGCUAUAUCAGGGUUAUAGUUCCUAUGCAACUUUGAAUAAAUAUGCACUUGAAACCUAAUGCUAUAUCAGGGUUUUGUCAUAGUUCCUAUGCACCUUUGAAUAAAUAUGCACUAGAAACCUAAUGCUAUAUCAAGGUUUUGUCAUAGUUCCUAUGCACCUUUGAAUAAAUAUGCACUUGAAACCUAAUGCUAUAUCAGGGUUUUGUCAUAGUUCCUAUGCACCUUUGAAUAAAUAUGCACUAGAAACCUAAUGCUAUAUCAGGGUUUUGUCAUAGUUCCUAUGCACCUUCGAAUAAAUAUGCACUAGAAACCUAAUGCUAUAUCAGGGUUGUGUCAGCUGACCUAUGGGGUUGCAUAUUUGCCUUCUAUAGUAGUGUAAGGAAACCUUGCUUACUCUCUGCUAACCUUCAUCUAUAUCUGGCAUUCACUAAAGAACAACUCAGGCGAUAACAUUUGAUGCUUAUAAUCUUGUUCUUUAUUAGGCUGACCCUUCGCUUAUACUUUCUCUCAUCUCGCAACUCUGACUGCCCUCUUAUCAUACCGUCCGAGUUCUCCCUGCUAUCUGCUUCUCUGUCCGGCCGCGUCUAUCCCGUCCCGUCCAGAGGUCCCUAUUUAUAAGUCCCUGGGUCUGUACUUGGCCGCCCCCUUUUCUCAGUCGGCGCCAGGUUACCAACCAACCAGUCGUCCCAGGGAAAUGCCCUGGUCAGAUGGCCGGUACCGCCCCCGGCGCUUGAUCCGUCGAUCGUGAUCCCUGGUCAGAUGGCGCCGGCUGUACCUGGUCAGAUGGCCGGUAACCCUGGUCAGACGCCCCCGGCGUUGUCGUGAUCCGAACUCUCCACAAUCAGAUGGCGCCGGCUGUACCUGGUCAGAUGGCCGGUAACCCUGGUCAGACGCCCCCGGCGCCGUCGUGAUCCGAACUCUCCACAGUAGUAUGCUCCUAUUCUAAACAAUAUGAUCCAUCCUCUUUCAGAUCUUUGAAGUUCGCAAGGACAUCCCCAACCCCAUGUACAAGCCCAGCUCAGACAAAGACAUGGAGGACCAUAUGGAAGGUAGUGAUGGAGACCAAGGUGGGGCAGACAACCCCAAGCCAGAUGUCAUCGUCGUGGAAGCUGCAGAUGCACCAGACGACGGAGUUAUUAUUAUUGAUGAUCCUGCCACCUCUGCCACCGAAGUCAGUGGAAAACCAGAUCAAGUCCAAACUGAGACAGUGGCACCCGUUGAACAAAACUAGACCUUAGACUGGCUGGUCCAUAGUCUUCUCAUUAGCUAGGUCUAUUUGCUCUACAAUGUUGACCAUGAUUCAGUCACAAGUAUUUAUAGUGAGAUGGUUUUACUUUUAAUUUUAAAUACUUUAAUGUGGAAUUAACUGACCAUGAGAAUUGAUUGUUUUAAAAAUGUUCUUUGUAUGUAAUGAAUACAAUUGAAUUACCUAUUAUUCUGAUUACUUUGUGGGUUUUUUUUAUGUGUUGUUGUUAUGAAUGUAUAUAUUAGAGGGCAUAACUCUGAAAGUGAAAUUCAGAAAACAUUAAUAUGUUGGCAAUAUUUCUUUGCAAGCUGAACUUCCAUUUGUUCCCCAUGAGUCACAAUUCGGGACCCAGCAUGAGACUAAAACAUUCUUAUUGUUAUUUUACUUAAUUUUGAUUUAUCAAGAAUACAAACUAACUACUGAUGUCUCCUGUUGCCCAGUGGCCUAGAUUUAAAAGUCUGACCACAUUAACUCAUAUCUGCCCUGAUCAAAUCAACUAUUCUGUUGUAUGAGAAUUGAUCAAGGCUUUUAUUUGUUAAUCCUCUUUUUGUAGUACCUGGUAAGUGCAACAUUUUGCUGAAAACAAAAAGAUUCUCUUCAAUGAAUCUUUACAGUUUACAUCUAAAAUGAUCAGGCUUUAGUAGUUUUGUAAUAAGUGGCUUGAGUACUGAGACAGCUAUUGCAGAAUUGAAAGAAUUGGUCACAUCAUUUCAAGCUAUUUUAAAGUCUUGACAGCUCAGGAGCUAAAGGGUAGUGCUAUUUGGUGUCCAUGUUAUUGUGUGAUAACAGCAAACAAAAACAUAGUGAAGAGGUUAAUGUCUGAUAGCAAGUUCAGACUCAAGAGUCUUAAACAGACCAAAUUUGAUGGAAAAUCUAUUGAAGCAUUCACAUUCUUUUAAAAUUGUCUAGAUUUAAAUCUAACAUCUUGAUAGCAUAUGUGUGUCUGUCACACAAUGACGAAUACAGAAAAAUUGGCUAGUGACCAAUUACAGAUUAUUUGCUCACUUGAAACAAUGAAAUUGGCAAGUGGCAUAUAGUUUAUUAUUUGCCGAUUUGGAACCAUAAAAUUGGACUAUAACGGUGAAGUUAUGAUGAUUGCAUUUGUUGAGAUUGUCACACCACUGUUUGUAACAUUUGCUUAUUUGUUUGAAGCAAAGGACUUUCUUUAAAAGAACAUUUGUUUCCUUGCUGUUAAAAUUCUUU